CGUAUGUUAAAGAAAAUGUUAACUAUUCUGACAAGCUUCUGUUUAUUAGUCGCACACUCCAGUUCCAACUGUCAUUCCUGCAAUGAUGCAAGUUAGUCUAUAAAUUCCAAAUCAUAUCUUCUAGUUGAUUACUCUGCAAACUCAAUGGUACAAUCUGGACUCUAACCCACCUAACAUCCACGAAACCUGAAGCUACCAAUAAACCCCUUCACUCUACCACCACCAUUCUCAGCAUUUCGCUCUGUGCACCCACCAAAUUAAUCACCACACCAACGCACCACAAAAUGGACCUCUUCCUCCUGGAAAAGACCCUUCUGGGUCUCUUCGUUGCGGUGACCAUCGCCAUCGCCAUUUCAAAACUCCGCAGCAAGAAAUUCAAGCUCCCGCCGGGUCCCAUAGCCGUACCUGUUUUCGGAAACUGGCUUCAGGUCGGCGACGACCUCAACCACCGUAGUCUCUCCGACCUCGCCAGGAAAUUCGGCGACUGCUUCCUCCUCCGCAUGGGACAGCGCAACCUCGUCGUCGUCUCGUCGCCGGAGCUCGCCAAGGAGGUGCUCCACACCCAGGGAGUCGAAUUCGGGUCGAGGACAAGAAACGUCGUCUUUGAUAUCUUCACCGGUAAAGGCCAGGACAUGGUGUUCACCGUCUACGGCGAGCACUGGCGGAAAAUGCGACGGAUCAUGACGGUCCCUUUCUUCACCAACAAGGUCGUCCAGCAGUACCGCCAAGGAUGGGAAUCGGAGGCGGCGGCGGUCGUCGAGGACGUGAAAAAGCACCCUGAGGCGGCGACCAAUGGGAUGGUGCUGCGGAGGCGGCUGCAGCUGAUGAUGUACAACAACGUAUACAGAAUCAUGUUCGAUCGGCGAUUCGAGAGUGAGGAGGAUCCCCUGUUCGUGAAGCUCAAGGGAUCGAACGGGGACAGGAGCCGAUUGGCGCAGAGCUUCGAUUACAACUACGCCGAUUUUAUCCCCAUUUUAAGGCCCUUUUUGAGAGGAUAUUUGAAGAUCUGCAAGGAAGUGAAGGAGAAGAGGAUUCAGCUGUUUAAGGACUAUUUCAUUGACGAGAGAAAGAAACUUUCAGGCACACAGGCAACAACAAACGAAGUGUUGAAGUGCGCCAUUGACCACAUGCUCGACGGGCAGCAGAAGGGAGAAAUCAACGACGACAAUAUUUACCACAUCCUUGACAAUAUCAAUGUCGCUGCUAUUGAAACCACUCUGUGGUCGAUGGAGUGGGGAAUUGCCGAGCUAGUGAACCACCCCGAAAUCCAAAAGAAAUUGAGGGAGGAACUCGACGCAGUCCUCGGCCGCGGAGUUCAGAUCACAGAGCCCGACAUUCAAAAACUUCCCUACCUGCAAGCUGUGAUCAAGGAGACUCUCCGACUUCGCAUGGCAAUCCCACUCCUUGUUCCCCACAUGAACCUCCAGGACGCCAAGCUCGGCGGGUUUGACAUCCCAGCGGAGAGCAAGAUUUUGGUGAAUGCUUGGUGGUUGGCAAACAACCCUGCCUUGUGGAAGAAACCGGAGGAGUUUAGGCCUGAGAGGUUUUUGGAGGAGGAGUCGAAGGUGGAGGCUAACGGGAACGAUUUCAGGUAUCUCCCGUUUGGUGUUGGGAGGAGAAGCUGUCCCGGGAUUAUCCUGGCCCUGCCAAUCCUGGCGAUUACAAUUGGACGUUUAGUCCAGAACUUGGAGCUUCUGCCUCCGCUGGGACAGUCCAAGAUCGACACCUCGGAGAAACGUGGGCAGUUCAGCCUGCACAUCCUGAAGCACUCCACCAUUGUGAUGAAGCCGAGGGCGUAGAUUAAUGAUUUCUUUUUUCUUCUCCUUUGGUUAUUUAGAUUUAUGAACUUAGAAUUAAGGGAUGGUUUGAUAAGCCAAGUGAUAAGUCCGUGUCAGAUCAGUUUGUAUUUUGCCGGUUCCGCGCCUCUGCACCACUAUAGUUCGACUUCAGUUCGAACUCUCCAGCAGACCACCGCUGGCUACUCUUAGGGCUGGUUUGGUAUUUGUGCUUUGAAAAAAAGCUGUUUCUGCUGUGCUGUGAAAAUAAGCAGCUGUAAAAUAAAGCAGCAGAGUGUUUGGUAAA